AUGCUUUUCGCCAACUUGGCAACGCAGCCCUCCUCCUUGACUCUUCCCGGCUCGACUGUUUGUAGACUCUCUUCUGUAGCCUGUCGUCAUAUUGGGCUCACUCAAAUCCACGCCAGUCAGCUCUAUCUUCACAUGUUUGUACACUCUUCCGGCGUAAGCAUGGGCCAGGGUUCAGCGUGGCUGUGUUUCUUCGCUUGUCAGCCUCUCCAGAUCCGGCGACACCGGCUGAUACGGGCGCUUAGCUACCGUUCACCGUGA